UAUACAUUCAUGUAUGAACAAAGUCCAGCGUGUGAGCUGAAAUGAACCCAAUUUUGUUAUUUAUCUCUGAGUAAUAAGCUUGACAUAUGUUUUCAUUUAUACGUCGUCGUCCCCCCCCCUUCGGUAAUUGGGGGAAAUCAGUCCUCCAUUUAUGAAGCAGGGUCACAUGCCAUAGUCCAGUGAUAUGAAGAUUGAGAUCUGGACAUGGAUAAUCAUUCAGUGGUGGUCUCAGCAUCUCUGGAUGCCGGUGUAACUUCAAUCUCCCCCAGCAAAAUAAUAAAACAAGCCUUUGCAUGACGAGCCCCCCUCCUAUAUUUGAACAUGUACAGCGUCCUGUCACGGCACGUGCGGCCUGUACGAGAUUAAACAAACACAUUAAGAUGUUUAACGUGAAAUAAUUUGAGCAUGAAAAAGCUAAUAAAUCAGAGGACCGAAUGUCAGAGGAUGGAAUUGAAUUGUAGCGUUUCGUGCACGUAUUUUUUUGGGGGAUUGUGCGCGCGCACCUGUGAUAAAAAAAAUAAAUGAAAUAAAUAAAUAACAAAGAGGGGGGGGGGAGUCACGUCGCUGACAUUUCCAAGCUCCCGCUCUGAUUGGCUCUCAUUUGAGGAAGCGCACGGGUUCUUUCGACUAAUAGGCGCCUCCCCGUCGCUCUAAAGGACAUUAUAAUGCAAGGGGACCUCCUUUUUUUAACCACAAACCGCAUUUUCGUUCAUUUAGACGAUAUAUACUUUUUAAAUUGCCCCAAAGUUGUAGGGUUUUUUUGGAGCCUAUUUUCGCCCUGGAGCGGUACGCCAUGCUCUCUCACGCCGACCUCCUGGAUGCUCGGCUCGGUGAGUUGUCAUCCGUGAACUCCGGCCCGAAACUCCAGUGGAUGAAGGAUGCUGCGGAGUUACUCGGACACCGGGAGGCUCUCAAGUGCCGGCUGGGAGGUGGGGUGCCGGACCAGGGGCAUCCGGGAGACAUGGCCCCCGGCUCGGACUCAGUGGAGGGAACCACCCUCCUGCCGGGAGAAGACAUCGCCACCGUGGGCUCCAACUCGGCCGGCAUGCCGGGGAACGGGAAGGAGCAGGAGAAGCAGCAGCAGCAGCAGCAGCAGCAGCCGCAGAGCUCCGGUCAGUCCACCAACCAGCAGAAACAGAAGCGGCACCGGACGCGCUUCACCCCCGCGCAGCUCAACGAGCUGGAGCGCAGCUUCGCCAAGACGCACUACCCGGACAUCUUCAUGAGGGAGGAGCUGGCGCUGAGGAUCGGCCUCACCGAGUCCAGAGUUCAGGUUUGGUUCCAGAACCGACGCGCCAAGUGGAAGAAAAGGAAGAAGACCACCAAUGUCUUCCGGUCCCCGGGGACGCUGCUCCCCACGCCGGGCCUGCCGCAGUUCUCUGCCGCGGCGAUGGAGAACAGCCUGUGCUCCUUUCACGCCAACGACUCUCGUUGGGCCACGGGGAUGCCGGGGGUCUCGCAGCUGCAGCUGCCGCCCGCCCUGGGUCGUCAGCCGGGAAUGCAGUCUCUGUCACAGUGCAGCCUGGGCCACGCGGGCCCGCCAAACUCCAUGGGUCUCUCCAACGGCCUGUCGUCCAACGGCAAUCUGCAGUCCCACCUCUACCAGUCGCCUUUCCCCGGAAUGUCGGCCUCUCUCUCCGGCCCUACGAACGUAUCGGGCUCCCCGCAGCUGUGUAGUUCCCCGGACAGUGACAUGUGGAGAGGGACAAGCAUCGCGUCACUGCGGCGCAAAGCGCUGGAGCACACAGUGUCCAUGAGCUUCACUUAGUGACCCCUCUCCCAGCCCCACCCCGCGGCUCCCUUUUGGCUUUUUCUUUCCCCAACUGUUUAGAUCAACACGAGAGCACGAGCGAGCUAAUCGGGACAUAAAUGUGAGAACACGGAGACUGUGUGUGUGUGUGUGACUUCAUCUAGACAUAAUGACAAAAAGAAAAGGACAACACUUAUGGACGAAUGGAAGAAAAAAAAUUAACUUGAGUUUGGGGUUUAUUUAUCUUGUUAACUCUAAAGGAUUUUAUCAACUAUUGAUAAUAAAUACUAUUGUAAUGAUCUCUAGACUAUAGGCCCUAAUUACCGAGAGCCAAGCAAUCGUCGUAUUUACGUUUUUCAUUGAGUGUGCGUCUUUACGCACAAAUGUUAUUGUGUUCAGGUGAAGUUGUGUUAUGUCAAACGGUUAUUUAUAAGAUUGGGUAUACAUUUUUGGUAACAGCCUACACCACACACGCACCAUACUGUAAGUGGGCCUAUUGAGCUGGGGGUCGGGCAUGCACCGUGCAUGUGGAUUUAAACGCUUUGGAUAAUUUAAGGAGGAGAAUGGUUCCCACUCAGAUCGAACAGAUACUUUUCGAGGCGACCUCGGUCUCGUCUGCAUGAGACGGGAACAUACAUCUAAAGAGGGAGGAAAAAAAUGACAAUGAUCUUUCAGUAGGCCUACUAUGUUUUAGGAUGUUUUGUGUAGAUGAAACAUUCUUGCUCUGUACCCGCUGGUCUCUUUGUGACAUGUUUUAAACUUAUUGUAUGUGCUAUUACUUGACACAUUUCUUAAAUGUUUGACCUUACAUCGAAAUGCACCACGUUGACGGGUUUGUACCAAUUUAACAUGACAAAGAAAUAAAAGUAAUUUUCAAGAAUGUCAAAA